AAGCUGCUGCUGGAAAAAAAAAGUCAUUACCAAAUGAAAUUCUGUCCUCCAGAAAGCUGUCUACUCAUCCUUUAUUUAAGCUUGAAAAAAACGUGGAAAAUUAUUACAGAGAAACUUACUUGUGGGAGACUUGCAGCUGAUAUGCUCACACCAUCAAUAAUACAAAACUGUUGAAAUAAAUGAUUAAAAUAAAACACAACACGCAUUCCCCAUUUUACUAACCGGACCUUCCAGGAUGUUGAAACUGCAAACAUACAGACUAUGUAGAUGCUUCAAAAGUGAGUUUGACAAUAUAAUCCCCUCCUUUCCUACUGUCUCUGCUGUCAGCCUGGUUCUGCUAUGGCACAAUUGCAUAACCUUUGCUCAGAUUUUUUAGGAAAUCAUUAAAUUGAGAGAAAGCUCUAUGAAGAAGUCCACAGAGUCGAGCCAUGAAAUAUAAGAUAAAAUUGGAGAUAAAGGAUGCUGAGAUUGGGCCAGGCAAGAAGCUCAAGAGGAAGAACAUCAAUGUGGAAAGAUGAUUAACAUCUCAAGGGAAAAAAUUAGGUGGAAGACAAUCUGGAUGAGGGGAUCGAAUGCACCCUCAGUAAUUUCACAAUCUGCAUCAUGGAAAAGCAAGUGCUUGAAUCUACAGAGGAGCGGACGUUUCAGUACCAAGAUUCUCUCCCAUCCUUGCCAGUACCUCCUCUUGAUGAAUCUUUAAGUAAAUACCUCGAUGCAGUGAAGCCAUUUCUAAAUCAAGAGGAAUAUCAAAGAACUGAGGAUAUAGUUAAAAAAUUUGAAAAUGGCAUUGGGAAAGAGUUGCAUCAGAAAUUACUGGAAAGAGCUAAAAUGAGAAGGAAUUGGCUGGAGGACUGGUGGCUGAAUGUGGCUUAUCUUGAUCUUCGCAUCUCAACACAAAUACACUGUAAUAUGGGAGGCCCUGGUCCCUAUAUUGAGCACUGCUGGCCACCAAAAGAGGGCACUCAGAUAGAAAGAGCAUGUGUAAAUAUAUGGCACACCCUGAAAUACUGGGAUCUGUUACGAGCAGAGAAGGUGACCAUAGAGAGAUCUGGGAAUACAGUUCUGGACAUGAACCAAUUUCGAAUGCUCUUCUGCACUUGCAAAAUUCCUGGGGUUACCAGAGACUCGAUCGGCACUUAUUUUAAAACUGAGGCUGAAGGUGAAUGCCCAUCUCACUUAAUAGUUCUGUGUCGAGGUCGAGUGUUUGCAUUUGAUGCUAUGCAUGAAGGCAGUAUGGUGACUCCUCCAGAGAUAUUCAGGCAACUUACAUAUAUUCAGAAAAGAUGCCAUAGUGAGCCAGAUGGACCGGGACUGGCAGCCCUAACAAGCAAUGAAAGGACAAAAUGGGCAGAGUUACGGGAAUAUUUGAUUGAUCUUGAUCCAAAGAACUUAACUCUUCUGGAAAAAAUUCAGAAAAGUUUGUUUGUGGUCUGCCUUGAUGAUUCUAGUCCCCAUGCAACUCCUGAGGACUACACUGAGCUUACAAGGCUGGGACUAACAGGUGAUCCGACUGUACGCUGGGGAGAUAAAUCCUACAAUAGCAUAUUCUUUUCCAAUGGAACCUGCAGCGCGUUCUGUGAUCAUUCUCCUUUUGAUGCCAUGGCUUUAAUUACCAUGUUAGCUUAUGCCGAAAAGAAGAUUAUUGAAAAUGAGGGAAAAUGGAAGGGAUCAGAUAAUGUGAGGGAUAUUCCAUGGCCAGAGGAACUUGUAUUCACAGUGGAUCCAAAAAUUAUAAAUGAAAUUGGACGUACUAAAGAACUGUACUACAAGCAGGUAUCUGACUUGCAACUGGUGUCUUAUGCCUUCACAUCCUUUGGCAAAGCAUUGCUUAGGAAGAAGAAACUUCAUCCUGAUACAUUUGUGCAGCUUGCCCUUCAGCUUGCUUAUUACAAAUGCCACGGACGUCCGGGCUGCUGUUACGAAACUGCCAUGACCAGGCGUUUCUAUCAUGGCCGCACAGAGACCAUAAGACCGUGUACUAUGGAAGCAGUGGAAUGGUGCAAGUCCAUGCUGGAUCCUUCUGACAGUACUUAUCAACGACUACAGCUGAUGCAUAAGGCAUUUGCAAAGCACAAUAAAAUGAGGAAAGAAUGUGAGAAUGGAAGAGGCUUUGAUCGUCAUCUUCUGGGUCUCCUGCUCAUAGCACAGGAGCAAGGACUGCCAGUGCCAGAACUGUAUGGGGAUAAGGCCUUCACAGCUAGUGGAGGAGGUGGGAAUUUUGUCCUUUCAACUAGUCUGACUGGCUACACUAGGUUUAGUGGAUCUGCACUCCCUAUGGUACAACAUGGCUAUGGCUUUUUUUAUUCAAUCAGAGAUGACAGGAUCGUUGCAACCUGUUCUUCUUGGAAAUCAUGUCCAGAGACUGAUGCAGAAGUGCUGUGUAGAACUAUGUUCCAGUGUUUUCAUGACAUGCUACAGUUAACAGUUACAGCUCAACUGUAAGCUUGAUAAUGAUGUAAAAGGCUUUACAAGGUCACGAGUUAUAGGUAGUAAUUAAAAAUGAAAUGCUACUCAAGAGUACUGUUGCAUUCAAGACAUUUAAUGAUCUAUGUGAAGUCUACGUACUUUUAUGUGAUUUACUGUGGUAACAGUACCCCUUGAAGAGUAAUGUAGCCAUUUGCAGCAGCAAUGCAAGCAGUAGUACCUUAUCUGUGUAGAACUAUGCAAUAUUAAAAUAUGCCUCAACAAUGCAAAUGUACUUCGAGACAAGAUGUUGGAGUGGAGAACUGAUGGGAGACUUGUAUUUAUGAUCUCAGUAGUAGCAUGUAGAAAUGUAGAAUAGUUUGUAGUCUACUGAUACUGUUUAUGCCAGUGGAGCACUUAACUGUGUACUUAAAAGUAACCACACUACCCUCUUAGGUGAUUAUGCUUCCUGUUCACAGUGGUUUGUGAAACAGAAGGGCUGCCUCUAUUAGGUUAUAUGGUAUAAGUUAUCUUUCAUUUUUGCUAUCAGGAUUAUACCAAAUAAAUCUUGUAUCCAUUAAUGGGGAUGUUCCCACUACAUUUGUAGUAUGAGAACACUACAAUCUGAAGUAUUUUGAAAAAGAAUUAGUCAAUAAAGACAGAAAGCAGCAUGGGUUUCAAAUUUCUUAGUUUUCAUCUUGAAGUGAACUGUGAAUAUCUGCUGCUUUACACUAAUAGUACACAAUAAAAAUAAGCACUGAAUUGUUUGAUAUGGUUCUCAGGAUUUUAAUACUUGAUUCCUCUGAGCAGCUUUGUAUUUUCCUAUCAUAGAAAUAAAAUUCUUCUAAAAAUCAA